AUGGCGGCUGCUGACUGGUCUCAAACUCUCAACAGCUUCGGAGACGUUCAUUACUUUUACGGCCCACCGACGAGUAAUCCGCCGCACCACCGCUUCGACAAGGGAUCUUACGUUUACCUUUUUGAAAACGCAAACGACCGCCGCGCGCGCAUUGAGAUUGCCAACCAGCCCGGCACCGAGGACCAAGACGCCUUUGAUGGAUUCCUCGACAAGACGCACGUUCGAUACUCGUACAACCACCAGUGCAUGGUGACCCUCAUCGUAGGCGAGACGACUGACCAGAUGGAAUGGCACCUGCCCACCUACGACCCCCAGAACCAGAACAAGUACCACUACAAACUCCACUCGCUCGAUAUCUACUUCUGGAAGGCCGACGACGCUCUCCAGUUCGUCAACGGCAUCCGCUUCGUCCUCCCGCCCGCCCAGGUCGAGAUCCUCGAUGAGCCUCAGCAGCAGCAGCAACACCAGCACCAUGUCCAGCAGCACACGCAACAUCAACCCGUGAGCUCUGUCGUCCAACAGCUAGAACACGUCGCAAUAUCGGACCCGAACUACGGUUCUUCGAGAGGGGGCGCCUCCGCGCAACAGCAGCACCAGCAAAACGGCUCAGCGUUCGCCGGACCACCUACCUCAGCCGUAGCCGCCGCGCCAUCAGCCCAUCAACAACAACAAGAGCAGCCGGCGAGCUUCGCACCAAUGGCAUACAACCCCGCUGCCCCAGCUGCUCCAGAAACAAUCCGCCACAGAGAAAAGACCCCGCCCCCCGAAGACGGUGUCGCGGACCCGCUAGCCGCGGCCGUCGCCUACGACGCCCAGGCCCCGUUCUCCCCAGGCUUCGUCCCCCCUCCCGGGUUCCAAAGCGCACAGGGACACGGGAGAAUAGACCUCCCUCCUCCUCCCCCACCGCCGCAGUUUGGUGGGCCCCCAGGCCAACCUGUCCUCCAGCGCGCAGCAACGAUGCCAGUGCAAGCCGUACACGGCGGCCUCGCGUCUCCGGGACUCGUCAACCCAUACGCGAACGGCAGCCCGUUCCCCUCGUCCCCGGGCUUCGCGCCGCCGCCCCCGCCGCCUACUCAGCCGCCUCAACUUCAACAGCCUCAGCCGCAAGUACAGCAGCAGGGAACACCCCAACCGCAAGCCGGAGCCGUCCCCACUCCCCCGACACCACCCUCAGCAACGACUGCGGCCUCCGCGCCCCUGGCUGCAGGGGCCCCGAUGUCGCCCCCGCCAGGCGGGUUCUCGCAGUACUCGUAUAGCAGUAGCAACGGGGGCAGCCAGCAGCAGCAGCCGGGAGCGUUCGACUACUCUAUUCACCAGCAGGCGUAUCGGCCUACGGAGGUGGAGGCGGGCAAGUAUAAGGGGUAUACGGGCAAGCAGGACCCGACGGGAAGGCUGGAGGCGAAUGUUGGCAGGUUGGAGAAGGGUGUUACGGGGAUGUUUAGGAAGUUCGAGAAGAAAUUUGGGUGA